UCGUCCCUUGUCCCAUUGAGACAAGUGGGAAAAGUAGGACAGGUGGGACAAGUACGACAAGUGAAGCAAGUGGAAUGCGUGGGACAAGGGCGACAUGUGGCCACGUGGAAUAAGUGCGACAUAAGUGACGUCCUGCUGACCGAAGAAGAAACACAACAAUCAGAUAAAAAAGUGACUGAAGAAGUUGUAAGGCCAACUCAGCAUUCUUUGCCACAAAUUGAAAAUGUUUCAUCUCAAAGAAGUGGAUCCGACAUUCUUUUGACUUGGAAUGAAGUAUCUGACAGCAACGUUCUGUACAACAUAGAAAUCUUCUGCGAUGAUAUGAAACUCGGAGAGACUCACACUACAGAGGUUCACAAGUAUAGAAUGAAGUCACCUUCACUUGGUAAAACAUAUCGCUUCCAAGUCUGGGCCAAUGAUGAAUGGGGAAACUCUGGCUUCAAGACUCAAUCAAAGAAUAGUAUAAAAGUCAAAAACAUUGGAGUUGAAGGGGAUACAAUGAAUCUUAGCGAAUGCAAAGUUAUUUUUCCGGAUGGAACAUUCAAUAAACAAACAAACGUUUGGAUGUCAGUUGGAUUGGACAAUUCAAUAUGCCCAUCACAAUACGUGGCAACCACACCAACACUUAACAUCAGUGCAGAAUCAACAUUACGCAAAAAUGCAAUUGUACAAAUGAAGUCAUGACGUCUCGAGCUGAAGAAAGAGGACAUCGACAUAAUUCACUUCAUCAACGCCACUGACUGGGACAUUAUCGAACCUGAUCUAGUCAUGCAUGACAGAACUAUAGAAUUCCGUUGUCAAGAGUUCAGUCCAGUAAUUGCCGCUAUAAAACAAUGGUUCUACGGCUCUCCCCCACCCCCAGUUCUCAAAGAAAAUUUUCUUUACAUCAUGGAUCAAAAUCGAUUCUGCAUCACAUUUUUUAAUCCAAUUGAACCUGUUGAAAGAAGCAUAAUUACAUAUUACGAGAGCCGAGAUGCACAACCGAUACCAACAAGAUUCAACCAAGUAAUUUGAAGGCAUGGUGACAAAAUUCAUGUCAAACUACGAAUCGACAGAGGGCCCGAAAACUUGCGAUUUAAUGAACCCAAUGGUCACAAUUUUUCUGUAGAUGAUGACUUCCUAAGAGCACACAGACAUGACUUUGAAUUUGAACUUCUUCCUGAAUCACAGCAAUAUCCAAAAAUUCUCAUCAAAUGUGAAAUGGAAAAGAAUGAAGAUGAAAUUAAUAGAAAAGUGAUUAAAUUUACUUUUCCACUGAAAC